AUCCAAACAAUACUAAAUUUCUCCUCAACUUCUCUCUUUCUUAAUUCAUUCUCUCGGUAUCCAAACGCAGUGUAUAUGCAGAAAGACAAAAACUCGGUCACACACACCGCGAAGACCUGUUUUGUUCAUUUUCCUCUCUGUGAGUGAAUCCCUUUCAAUUCCAAAGAAAAACUAUGAGUUCCGAAGGUGUCGGUGAAGAUUGCCUUGGAUGGGCAGCAAGAGAUGCAUCUGGAGUUCUGUCGCCUUACAAAUUCAAUCGCAGGGAACUUGGGAGUGAAGAUGUUUAUGUUAAAAUUACACACUGUGGCGUUUGUUAUGCUGAUGUAAUUUGGGCAAGGAAUAAACAUGGGGAUUCAAAGUAUCCUGUUGUGCCGGGACAUGAGAUUGCUGGGGUUGUGACAAAGGUUGGUCCUAAUGUCCAGCGUUUCAAGGUUGGUGACCAUGUUGGAGUGGGGACUUACGUCAACUCAUGCAGGGAUUGCGAGUAUUGUAACGAUAGAUUAGAAAAUCAUUGUGUCAAGGGAUCAGUUUACACCUUUAAUGGUGUCGAUUUUGAUGGUACAGUUACCAAAGGGGGAUACUCCACUUCCAUUGUAGUACAUGAAAGGUAUUGCUUCAUGAUACCUAAAAGCUAUCCUUUAGCUUCAGCAGGUCCUUUGCUUUGUGCUGGAAUCACAGUUUAUUCUCCCAUGAUACGCCAUAAGAUGAAUCAACCUGGUAAGUCUCUAGGAGUGGUUGGUCUUGGUGGCCUCGGUCAUAUGGCAGUAAAAUUUGGGAAGGCAUUUGGCUUGCGUGUAACAGUUUUCAGCACUAGUAUUUCCAAGAAAGAGGAGGCGCUGAGCCUGCUUGGUGCAGACAACUUUGUUGUUUCAUCAAAUCAAGAAGAGAUGAGGGCGUUGGCUAAAUCAUUGGAUUUUAUAGUUGACACAGCAUCGGGUGAUCACCCAUUUGAUCCUUACAUGUCACUGUUGAAGAUGUCUGGUGUUCUAGUCUUAGUUGGGUUCCCAAGUGAGGUCAAAUUCAGCCCUGCAAGCCUUAAUUUAGGAUCAAGAACUGUUUCCGGAAGUGUUGCAGGUGGUACAAAAGAAAUACAGGAGAUGGUGGACUUCUGUGCUGAAAACAAGAUUUACCCAGAUAUAGAACUGAUUCCAAUUGGAUACUCAAAUGAAGCUCUUGACAGGGUCGUAAAUAAGGACGUGAAAUAUCGGUUUGUAAUAGACAUUGAAAACUCCCUUAAGUAGAACUAGAGUAAUAUGAAGUUGGUUCUGAAGUUUGACAUGGAAGAACUACUUUGUUUGAUAUUACAUACCGGAAGCAAAGAGAUGUUCAGUGUUUCAUAAUGAUUGCUAGAUAUAUAUAUGAUUCAAAUUUCAUAUAUCUAGUAAUGCAAAUAAAGCUCUUGAGAGGGCCAUAAAAUAGGGACAUUAGGUAUCAGUCUGUUGUAAUCUUUUUUCGGUUGCAAAAAACUUAGACGAGUUUGGUUUCGAGAACAAACUAAGGCUUGCAACAGUUUUGUAAAUGACUGUUUAUGGAUCAACUAAAAGGCAUUUUUUGCCUUCUA